GACAGCUGACAUCCAAGGACCCACACCUGAUGUUUAUAAAGGGACUUCAUGUUUGAGUGAAAGUCACUCUGUGGUUGAACCAUCUCACUAACAGGAUGAAUGCCUUUCAGACUGUCUUCAUCUUGGCUGUUGGUCUCUCUGUAGCCCAUUCAUUCGACUACAAGGCUCUCUACCAGUUCAGGAACAUGAUCCUGUGUAUGAUGCCAAAUAGCUGGCCUGCUCUUGACUACUCCGACUAUGGCUGCUACUGUGGAUACGGAGGCUCUGGCUCACCCGUUGAUGACCUGGAUAGGUGCUGCCAGGUUCACGACCAAUGUUACAGUGAUGCAAGGCAGCAUCCUGCGUGCUGGCCCAUCCUGGACAACCCUUAUACUGAAAUCUACGACUACACCUGUGAUAAGGAUAACAAAAAGAUCACUUGUACAAACAAAAAUAACGAGUGUGAGAUGUUCAUCUGCGAGUGCGACAGGAAUGCUGCCGAGUGUUUCAGCAGAUCAGAGUGGAUCCCCGAGCACGAGCACCUGCCAAGUGACCGAUGUCAGUAAAGUCCGGCACAAACAGUUGCAUCAAGCAAAGAGUAUUUACCUCAACAAGUAAUCCAUUUGCAGACUGAUAUUUUUCUCUCAUUCUGAAUUACAAUGACCUUACAGGAUCAUUUACUAAUGGUAUGAUUUAUGCACAGCCUUUUAAGCAUCCAUCAUUUGUCUAUGAUUUAUGUCUCUAGUUGGGCUUACAGCUGUUAUAUUGUAUAUCAUCUUGUUUACCUUUAGCCACCUAUGAGUGAUUGUUAUUCAAUUUUAAGUGCGGUACUUCUUCAGGCAAUAGAGAGCGCUGUUCUUCACCUUUUACUAUAGCUUGGAGGAAAACAGGGAAAGGUGUUCAGUUGGUCCACAACAGCUGCUCUUUUCACUUCAUGAAAUAUUAAUAAAAAUAAUGAAUGGCUUUUUAACAGAGGAAGAAAAGUUGUUUUUUAUGCUUGCCUAAAUGCUCUGAGUUUUCAGGGUCACAUGUGGUUGAUAAAUGGUAAACCAGGUUUUAUAUAAAUAAUCUGUUCUUGUGUCUUCUUGGUGCUUCCCAGUUGAUUACAUGUUGCUUGCAGCUUAAUCUUUAUCUUUGCUUAAACUGACAACAAACUUUAGGAGGUUUACUCUUCUAAAUUAAAUUGUCAAUAUUUGAAUCAUAAAUUAUGGGCAUCAACAGGAGGAACUGCAACUGAAAGGAAGAUUCACAUGAGAUUUUGGUCACUAUCCAGUCGGUUUGGCAAAUAAACACAAAUUAACUCAU